AUGCCGCGCCUCUCGACCUCACUCCUUCUCAAGGCCUAUCAAGAGAACACCCUUCUACCCCUUCUCCUCAAAGAAUGUCGAUCACUAGACUCAGCCCGUAAUGAACUGCGAUGGCUGCGGGAACGCGCUCUCCGCGACGCCCAGGAACGCUCCCACUUCCGCCAGGACCAGGACCAAGUCACGGGGACGCACAUAGGAUGGCGGACACGUCUACGAGCGAUGUGCCACAGGCGUUCCCAGGGCGUCCCAUUGCAGUAUCUACUCGGUGAUCAACCAUUCGGUGAUCUAGAAAUCCUCUGUCGACGGGGUGUGUUAAUCCCAAGAUCUGAUACGGAGUCAUAUACAUAUGAAGCAGCCAGAUUAGUCCGGCAAAUGGCGCUAGAAACAAAAGACAACAAUAGUCCUACUCCAUCACAACCUCACAAGGCCAAAUCCCUUCGAAUCCUCGAUUUAUGCACGGGUACAGGCUGUAUGGCCCUCCUUUUACACGCUCUCCUCGCGUCGCAUUUUGAUCGGAUCCAGAUUACGGGCGUCGAUAUCAGUCCAAUAGCGUUGAAUCUUGCCCGGAGAAAUCUGGAGCAUAAUAUUCGGCUUGGUGGUUUGGAUAGUCGUGCGCGUGUGGAUGUUGAGUUUCAUCGUGCAGAUGUGUUAAGGCGCAACAACAACUCUAGCAAUGGGAUUGACACCAGUGGUAACGCCAUACCCACCGUGGAAGAGCUUCUACUAUCCAACCUCAACCUCACCACGCAAUCCGAAAUCGAACACACAGAGACUACAACUACACUCCCCAAAAUCGACCUGCUAAUCUCCAAUCCACCCUACAUUUCAAGCACCGAUUUUCACAACGGGACAACAGCACGAAGUGUGCGGCUUUUCGAGCCGAAAUUAGCACUCGUCCCACCCAUCGACAUACCUGCAACUACCGACACAGCGCAUUCAAUCGGCUCAAAAGGUGAUGAAGGCGAUAAUGAUAAACCCGAGGAUAUAUUCUACCGUCGGAUCUUGGAGUUAUCGCUGGAUGUACGGGCUCGUAUUACGGUUUUGGAGUGUGGGGAUAGGAUGCAGGCUGAGAGGGUUGUUGGGAUGGUGAAAGGGAUGAAUUCAAGUGGGAGUGAGGGUGAUAAUGAAGGUGAAGGUGGUGGUGGUGGGUUGAAGGUGGAGGUUUGGCCUGAUACGGAGGAGGAUUGCCUGAGUAAUGGGUUUCAUGUGAGGGAUGGAUCGAGGUGUGUUAUUGUGAGGAGGGGAAAAAUGUGAUAUACCAUGAUUUAUUGAUAGAGGAAGUUCCUUGUAUACAACAAGAUCAGCGGC